AAAAAUUCUCCAUUCUAAGGAUGAGGGGCCCUGAGUCAAUGGAUGUUUUUCUGUAGGGAUGAGUAAAGACUGUUUUGCUUUAUUCUUGGGGGGGGGGCGGUUGUGUGGGAUGGAGGGUGAAGGAGUAAUGCCUGGGAAAUGAAAACAGACUCUGGUUGGUUUGUGGUAUUUUGGGAAGAUGAGGGGGUGGAAGAGGCAAGCCCAUGCAAUUACUGUGCUGGGGAGAGGGGAGGAGAGGGGUACAUGAUGUACACCCAAAAUGAGCAAAAAUGUCUUGGUUAAGGAGGGAUAUGUGGGUGAAGGGGCAGGCAGAUCCUAGCCCUGGCCGAGGGAUGGUAUCUCUCAGGCUCAAAUAAGUGCACUUAGUUCCUUUAAUCCAGGGCAUUGGGGUACCUACUGAGGUUUUUAUUGGAGAGGGGAAAUAUUUGGGCUUCUUAUUUUCCCCCUUUUAAGACAGUGCUACCCUUUCACCCUACAUUCCCCACCCCAGCCCUGAUGGAGCAAGUAAACUAUAGGAUAGGUCUCCAAAUUCCUACCUUAAUCUGUGCUCAUUUUAUUGGGAGUUACAAGAUUUAAUCAAAAGUUUUUCCCUCAUACUGGAUUCUAUCAACAAAAUAAAAAUUAUAUCAAAAAAAUUUUUUUUAAAGAUUCAAAGUCUUUAUGGAGUGGGGUGGUGUGAAACAUGGUGCUGUACAGGGCCUGGAGGGAAGUACUCUCCCUCUCUUCCUGGCUCAGUUUCUUUUCAAGCGAAACUAAAGCUCACAGACCAAUAAAACAAAAGUUAGCAAUGACUUCAUAUUGUGUAUUUGGGAAGUGAUACAGAGGCAGGAAAAAUGGAGCUGGUUCCAAAUGGUCUCUUUUCUAAACAGCCACACAUCCAAGGUUCCAGUCACAUUUGUCUUUCCCAUUACGACGCUUCAGAGAUGACUCCCCGACUUACUCUGACACCAGUUACUCUCGACUCUUUGUUGUUGUCUUUCUCCAAGCAGUCAGUGCCCCAGACACCAGAUGAGAAGACAGAAUUGGAAGCCCCUUCCCGGCCUGGAAUCACCUGCACCCCAGAUUUUUCUAAUUUCCUUUCCCUGCAGACCCUUCAGCUGCAGUUUCAGUGAGUCACACAGGCACUCCUGUCUGUUUCACUUUGUAGGUACCCAGCCUGCAAAUCUCAGGGUGUUUUGUCCCAUACUUAAGUAGUUUAACAAAAUAUUUAUUAUGACGUCCUCAUGUAGACUUUCUCCAUGCCACCGCCCUUCACCGGCCACGUGGGUUAGGGGCGGUAGGAAAGAGGAGCGGAAGCUGGCUGAGGGUGACUGGAGAGCGGUGGGGGGUGGGGAGGACGUUGGCCUCUUUCUGUGCUUAUAACUGGAUCUGUGACUCAUCUCGUGAGUCACUCAGCUCCACCCCCCUCCUCCAGCUGCCCCUCCCAGCAGCCUUCACUCUUGGCACAAACCUGCAACCAGACCAGGAUUCUGAAAAUGGAAAAAUCUGAUACAGCCCCUUGCUUCGGCAUCCCUCCUUUCAUCCACUGAAACCUCCACUGGUGUGGGGGUGCUGAGAGUCCUGGUCCCUCCUAUUACUUAGCCCUCAGCUGCUGCCCCUUUACAUUCCUCUGCUCAUCCAAGUCACCCACUUUUUUCUCCCUUCCACCUCCCCCCAUUCCCCUGAUGUUUUUUUCCUCUGGAUUCCUCUGCUGCUGCUAUACCUCAAAAUAUUAAGGAUAGAAUGAGGCUCUUGAAUGAAGGGUGGUGGGGAGAAGGAAAAUGGGGAAAGGGAUUUUAAAGUUGUGGGACACAGCUCUUCCUAGUGCAAGAGACCUUGGGAAGUAUUUCUUCCCAAGAGAUUGAGGCCCAUGGAAAGUAGGUGGGGUUGGGGGUGCUUGGGAGCUUUUAGGACUAGAGUAAGGCUUCUGGGCCACCUUCCUAGCAGGUGUAUGCCUCUUUGUUCCAAAUUAACUUCCUGUCUCACAAUAUCUUUACUAUUUCCACAGUAGCGGCCAAGACAGGGAACUUUUACAGCUGAGGCCGGAAGGGGGUGUGUGCUGAGAGGAGGAGAGAGUUGAGUGUCUCUUUGGAAAACUGGGGCCCCCACCGAAGGUCUGCUGCCUCUGUACAGACUCAAAAUCAAUAAAACAGCAGCUCAUUAACCCUUAUUUUGUAUUUCAUUUCCCGUCUUUUUCGCAUCUAAGUGCAGACUUUUGCUUCCUAUCCAGGCACCAUCAACUGCAGUUCCUUUAUUUCCCUCCUAGGGUCCUCCCCACCCACCUCUGCUGCUCGGGUUGCAGGAAGGAUGGUGGGAGAUGGGGCUGUUGAACUGAUAGAGCUUUCCAGCCCUCAGCUUUGAAGGUCCUGAACAUGAAUCAUUAAUUUGGAGAUCUGGUGUUUGGGUUGGAGGGAGGGCUCAUGUAGCUGGAAUGGGCUCUGGUUUCCCACUGGUGUGUGUGUCUGUGUGUGUGUUGGGUUAAGUAGCAAGAUCUCUUCCCUGGGCCUACCCCCACCCCCAGAACUUGCCCAUGAACACACCUGUACUUGUCUGCAUCCCGGAGAUACUUCAAUUUCUCUCCCCAAUUUUCUCAGGGCAUCCUCCACAUGAGGUAUGUUUCAUGCUGUCUGGGGAAUGAUAUUCAAAAUGCUUUAACUCCCCUCCCUCAUUUCUUGGGCCUUCCCAGGCAAAAAUCCCCUGAGGCCCAAUUUCCCUUGUGUCUGGGGAGGCAGCAAGGAAGCCUGAACUGCUUUUGCAUUCCUCCCACCGCACCACCCCCUUUAAGAAGACAAAAAACCUGAGCCCAAAUUAUUCCAGGUUAAUACUCGGCAUUACUGCUCCCCUCAAAUAGUUUCCAGUGCUUGUGAACAGAAAGAGCAUAGGAUAUGGGACUGGGAAAAGAAUCUGGGUAUGUUUUCCCCCCGUUACCCACUUUUCCCUCACCUUUUCCAGGCUCCUCCACUUUUCCAAAACUGUGUGUAUUCCCCUUUAAGGGGCUGGGCAUCUCUCCCGCCCUCUCCAGAGUCGACUGAAGUUUCCGAGGAGCCUCCUCUUGCUGGGUUGGACACACCUUUCAAAAGACCCCUAAUCGUGCUCCGUGCACCUCAAACGCUCCUUUCCCUGGUGCUGUGCCCUGCCCCUCUCCCUGACUUCUCUCUUCUCGACUAUAAGAUUCAGCCUCUCCCUAAGGGGCUUGAGCAUCCUCAAGGUUUCCCACCCUUCACUGCUCCAUCCCCGGAUGGAGCCAGAGAAAUGUGGUGGGGGGGUCGGGGCCAGAGUUUCAACAUCGCCCCCCAGAAGGCGGAGCCAGACAUGGGGCUCUCUGGGCCAAAGUCUGUCCGGAGGACUGGGACGCUGGAGCCCAGGAGUUGUCAGCUUGGUAGUCACCUGGCCUCGGGAUGCCUCCCAGGAGACUCCCCUGAGCAGUGAAUAUGAUUUUGUCCUGGUCAACAUUGGGCGAUUAGAGGCUGUGAGCGGCCUGUCCAGAGUCCAGCUCCUCCGUCCAGGGUCCCCACUUAAAUUUAUCCCUGAGGAGAUUCUCAUUCAUGGCCGAGACUUCCGGCUGCUCAGAGUUGCUUUUGAGGCUGGAGGACUAGAGCCUCAGGCCUUUCAGGUGACCAGUGCCAUUGUCCAAGCCAGAGCUCAGAGCAGUCAAGCCCAACAGUAUGCAGGGAUAUCCCUGAGCAAGGCUGGCCAGAGUUCAGGGUCCAGAAAACCACCUAUUCCCCUCUUGGAGACAUCAGAAGACUGGGAGACUGAGCGGAAAAAGCAGGGGGCCAGGGGCUGGAGGGUCAGCACUGUCAAUGAGAGGUUCGACGUAGCCACCAGCCUCCCCCGUUACUUCUGGGUCCCUAAGCGAACCCUGGACAGUGAGGUCAGGAGAGCAUUUGGCCACUUCCAUCAGGGCCGUGGACCGCGUCUGUCCUGGCAUCACCCUGGGGGCAGUGAUCUUCUCCGCUGCGGUGGCUUCUAUACAGCCAGCGACCCUAACAAGGAGCAUAUCAGAGCAGUGGAGUCGAUGCUCCAGGCUGGGCAUUCAGAUGUUGUCCUGGUGGACACCGUGGAUGAGCUGCCUAGUCUUACAGAUGUCCAACUUGCCCACUUGAAGCUGAGGGCCCUCUGCCUGCCUGAUUCAUCUGCAGCUGAGGAGAAAUGGCUCUCAGCCCUGGAAGGAACACGAUGGUUGGAUUAUGUCAGGUCUUGUCUUCGAAAGGCCAGUGACAUCUCAGUCUUAGUGACAUCCAGGGUUCGGUCUGUAGUACUCCAAGAGCGCGGUGAUCGUGAUUUCAACGGCCUCCUCUCUUCACUCGUCCAGCUGCUUUCAGCUCCGGAAGCCCGAACACUGCUUGGCUUCCAAUCACUAGUGCAGCGAGAGUGGGUGGCAGCUGGACAUCCCUUCCUGACCCGACUUGGGGUAACAGGAGCCAGUGAAGAGGCUCCAGUGUUUCUCCUCUUCCUUGAUUGCGUCUGGCAGCUCCUCCAUCAGUUUCCAGCUGAGUUUGAAUUCUCAGAGUUUUUCCUUCUUGCUCUUCAUGACAGUGCCAGGGUUCCUGACACUCUCACAUUCUUGAGAGAUACUCCCUGGGAGCGCGGAAAGCAGAGUGGACAGUUCAACUCCUAUACACAAAUCUGUACCCCAGGGUACUCCCAACCCCCUGCUGGGAACUCUGUUAACCUGCAGCUGUCUGUCUGGGACUGGGAUUUACGCUACAGCAGUGAACAGAUAUUACAGUUCCAUAAUCCUGGCUAUGACCCGGAACACUGCCCAGAUUCCUGGCUGCUUAGACAGCAGCCAAGCUUCAUGGUUCCUGGACCCCCCAGUUCUGUGUGGCUUUUCUCCAGAGGGGUCCUGACCCCCCUGAAUCAGCUCUGUCCUUGGCGGGACAGUCCCUCCCUGCUGGCAGUCUCUUCUCGUUGGCUUCCUCGACCUGCUAUCUCCUCUGAAAGCCUGGCUGAUCAGGAGUGGGGGCUCCCCUCACACUGGGGAGCUUGCCCUUUACCCCCAGGGUUGCUGCUGCCUGGAUACCUGGGACCCCAGAUCAGGCUGUGGAGACGCUGCUACCUGAGGGGAAGGCCUGAGGUCCAGAAAGGCCUCUCAGCACCCACAAUCUCUGGCCUCCAGGAUGAGCUAUCCCAUCUUCAGGAGCUUUUAAGGAGAUGGACACCAAGAGUAUCUCCUGAGGAUCAUUCCAAGAAAAGAGAUCCAAAUACCAUUCUCUCCCAAUCCCAUUGAAAUUGCUGUUUUUUUUAAUGGGCAUGGCAGAGGGUGGUCUGGGGUGAGGGAGGGUUCUUUUUAAUCCUCCAAUUUUUCCUGUCUGGUCUUACUGUCUCAGCUUUUGACACUCCCACCCUCAACGAGCUCACUGACCUGACUUUCCAUUGCAGUUGGGUGGUACUAACCUUCUCCCAACUCUUGCCCUGUCCUGUUUCGUUCCUUGAGAUAUGUUUCUUAUGAUUUGAGGAAUUAAGAAACAAAAGCAAUCCAGAAUACAAUUACCUUUGUUUUUUUCAAGGCAAUUCUAUGCCUUUGGAUAUCCAGCUGUUAAGCUGUGAGAUGAGAGAUGCUGUUCAUCAGUUCUAACAAGAUGGUCUGCAGAACUCAUCCUUACCUCCUCUUGCUGCUUCCUUAAUUCCCAUUUCUGUUUCUUCCCUUUAGUUUUCUAUGGGUGGGUAUGGGAGGCCCCCAGUCUCCUCCAAUUGUAUAUUUUGUAGUGACAUUUCUAUUUAAGGAGUUCAUUAAAGCACAGUAUUUAUACACAUUGCUGGCAUUAUCUCUUGUGUCUGAAUAAAAGAUCCUAGGUAAGAAAUUGAUCGGUAUGAACCGGGAGAGGAUGGGACCCACCAUAUUAUCGUUAAGGAAAUAUGGGGAUACGUCAGGCGAAGUCCACAGGCAUCUUUUUAGAAAAGAUGGGGCAAAGAGCAUACCAAGACAUUGUUGCUGGGCCCGGGGUGUUCUGGUGCUUGAAACUGAGCCUCUGGGCUCCAAUGUCAACCAUCCCUCAGCUUUGGUCACACUUCAUCUCUGAGCCUCAGGUUUCCAUCACCCUCCAAGCAAUAGGACUAGGUGAGCUCGGACGUCAACCCAGCUCAGACGUUCCGCAACCCUCUUCCCUGAGGAACAAAGACACGACUCAAGCUCAAGCUGGGGCUGGCGCCGCCCCUGCCCCAAGGCUGCGGGCCAGGGUGGAGGGCCGCCUCCGCGCCCUAACGCAGCCGAAUCCUUGGGACGGGGGUGGUUCCCUCAGCACACCCUUCUCCGGGGAACGGAAGGAUCAAGUGCCAACAAAAUAUUUAAAAAACUAAAGUUGUUCUUUUAGCUUUCGAAUUUACGUUUUUGGGAACACUGUGAUCCUUUAACGUCUAACACUGCCUUAAGAGGGGCUGGGCAUUUCCAUUCCGCCUUCCCCGCUUUGACCGCUCGCAGCCGCAACCUUGCACAGGACCC